UGUAGUCCACUUUCGCGGUAGCCAACCAGAAAAACAAACUUGAUCUGGUCAAUGAGUUGGAAGUUACAAGUGAACAACAACUUUUGCUUGUUCACCCAUUUCAUAGUUUUCAUGGUUUACUUCAUGCUGCAGUGACAUGUACCAUAGGUGCCCAAAAUUUGCUGUAACUGGAGUUUCAUUGGUAUGGGCUGGCUUCAUGGUUUAUCUGCUAACCCAUGUUCAGAGCUUUGCAGGGUAUGGAGGAAGGUUCCAGGUGGGGGCUAAAUAUGCCCAAGAGUAUCUUUCAAAUAUUAGUCAUUCAGCUUUUAAAGAAGAAGCAAAAACCAUAUCAACCACUAGUCAAACUGCCAAAAGUAAACUAAUUAAUGUAGUCAUACAAGCCAGGGAGGAUAAUCUAGGUGGCCUCAUAAGUGCUGUCAAUAGUGUUAUUGUGAACACAAAAUCCACAGUUCAUUUCCAUUUCAUUGUGCCUGAUGACACUAUAUUCCACUUACAGGAAUGGAUGAAAGUCCCUGAACUUUCAAAUGUUCAAUACUCACAUGCAAAACUUCCAGCACACCUAGAAAAAUACUACAAUGCUGCAAAAUUUGCAUUCCUUGAUAUCUUUCCAUCACUACAUGAUCGUGCCAUCUACCUUGAUCCAGAUGUCAUUGUCCAGGGGGAUUUGGCCGACCUACUUAAAACUCCGAUACCCAUUAAAGAUCUGGGCGCCUUUUCUGAUGAUUGCCAAGCUGGCUCUGUAUCGAAAAGAGUGGCUUCACGUGUCGAAGCGCUAUACGCCUCCCGCUUGAAUCUGAAACAGCAUGAAAUAGCUAAACUCAAUCUCAAUCCGCUAACGUGUACAUUCAAUACAGGCGUGUUUGUUAUUUCCGACGCUGACACUUGGAGAAAUGAAAAAGUAGCCGAAAAAAUCCUUGAUUUGAUUCAGUCUCAUGAACGAUCUUCCAUCAUAGAACCACAGGGCGGUUCGGAUGUAGUCGAAGCCGCUAUCUUGGCCAUUUUUUACCGGCGUACAUCGCCGAUUGAUCCCUUGUGGCAUGUCGGACAUUUAGGGCUCUCCCGCGGCUCAAGAUACUCACCUUUUUUCUUAAAUAACGCAAAACUGUUGCACUUUAAUGGUCAUUUUAAGCCAUGGAAAUCAGUUCGUAGUUUUGGAAGUACUUUUGAACAGAAAGUUUGGGAUAAAUAUUUUAUUCCUGACCCGCUUGGUCGCUUCGUGCCCAUUCGCAAGAAAUAUUCUGAAAUUUGAUUUCUUUGUUUUUGAGAAAAAUGCUUGCUUAUUGUGUCUAUUCAAAGUCUAAUAGAGCCAUUUAGAGAGCA